UGAAGCCAACCUAUUGCUUACCCCUCAACGUACGUCGCGGAGCAGUUACGGACUACUUCGAGACUCCUUCUAGGUCUUCUGGCGGCAUGACUCGCACUAUACGAAGCAAUGCCCUCGAGAAGCUCGCCAAACUUUCCGCGCAGUCGCCUCCUAGCAAGUCUCAGAAUCAUGACUUGCAGAGAAUAUACAAACGGUGUCGGAGUGGCUCUAUAGGCCAGAAUGGCACAGCAGGGGAGAAUGGCGUCUCGGCCACCAAUGUCGCGAUGAAAGUGCCCGAACUCGAGGCUGUCCUCGCGCUCUGCAAAGCGGCCCCAUUCGUAAAGGCUCCAGACGUGGCAGAGCAGCUUCUACACCGACUUGCGCCCUACCUUCCCGAGUCGUAUUCUCAGAUACUGUCGCCUUCUCCUACCCUCCGAGACAUCGAUCCAUCGCCUUACGAAGUCCUGACCGGCAGUAUUACUUCCGCGAUCCUGUCACUUGGCGUCCACCACAACAGACUGCGAUCCCAGGCUCAGGACAUAAUAUCAUCAUACAUAAAGGGAUGGUCGGCAACGGCAGCUCAGCUGUCGGCGGAGCAAUUUGACGAGGACGAUCGAGUGGACUUUGCCGCCAACGGCGAGCUUGCGCGCGUCAUGACGCACAGCAUGUCGCUGCUUGGGUUCCUGAACGCUGCUGCCGAUCAUGCGAAUAUUUGGAACGCCUACGAAAGACUCCAUUUCGUUGAAGACGUUCGCUCAGCUCUAUCUGAGAAGUUCCUCAUCGCUUUCGAGACGGCACUGUCAAUCGUGCGAAAUGCACGUUCGCAUCAACAUGGCUUACGGAAUUGGAAGCGUUAUUCGAAACACUACGCAGUAAUUGGUCGACCGCUAGGAGCCAUGAUCCUUCACGACUCUUUCCUCAAUUUCGUUGUUGCGUGUUCUUCGCUAUUGGUAGAGCCUCAAGAUCGCAAUCUUAAAGAGAACAUCCUGGACUCGUUGCGCUCCUCGUACAACAGCAGCAAGAUACUCCGAAAUACUUCCGAGGACGCACUGGCCGAUGGGCUGACUCGCAUAGCAGUAGAGGAGAUGGAUCGAUUAGAAAACGACGUCGAGUAUCUCCAGCGGGUCGGCUCAGCGUGGCAACAGCGCCAGGCCGCCUCGGUCAAGGCAAAAGUCCUUACCACCUAUCUGUGCUGUACCAUCUACGACGAAGAUAUUGCUGAUUCCGAUUUGCUGAUGUUCUGGCUCGACGGCGCGUUGAACGACCCCGGUCAAACAGCAGAUCUCACUCUGGCAUGCACGGUCUUGAAAUGCAUGGCCAUCCUCGCCAAAACGUCGCCGGAAAUAGCUUCGACCUUCGGUAGGUCGCUUCCCCGCGUCAUUGUUCAAGGGGGUUUCGAGCAUCGAACAGCAUCUGUGGCAGCAGAUUGUUUGGCUUCAGUCCUCAGUCUUCUGCCCCAAGACGCAAUCAUUACGACUCUCUACAGCCUGGGAAAUGUCAUAAGCGCGGGUCCCGUAACUGAUCGAGGCUCUGUGGCGUCUCCGGCCUUGAACGGACACGGGAGGGGCUCAAAAUCUACAGUCUACGACCAUCAACAUACUGGAAGCGCCAUUUCCCUCACUCCUAGCGACGUCGAGGAACCGCAUCACGUGCACACGGCGGUGGUAGAGACGGUUAUCUCGGUGGCGAGGAACUGCAAAGACGAGAAAAUCACUGCUCUGGCGCUCUCCAUGCUUAUCCAGAAAGUCGGACGCGCCAGCAGAAUCGUGGAUGCCAAAAUCAUUACCGACUCCGCUUUGCUCGGUAUUCAUAGUGGACCUGGAGAAUUCCGUGCCCUUUUGAAACUCUACUCCAAACUCUGCCAUGACGCCCUUGUUCGGGAUGAUCUGCCUAUCUUGGAAGCUAUUAUGAACGCACGUCUGCAACUUUCGAGAGAGAUUGACGCCAAAUCUCCCGCUUUCGAAGUCUACCUCACCUAUUUGCUUGACACGAUUGUGAGCAAGGGAGAUGCACAUGAGAUUCAUCACCAUCAGCUUCGAGACUCCGAAUUAGCUGCUCAGGAAAUCGCUCAGCUACUAGCACCUUUAGCUCUUCUUCUCUCGAAGAAUGCAGCGCGUACAGAUCUCGCGAAACUGGACGAUUCCAUCCUUAACCUGCAGCGGGAUGCCUGGUUCAAUAUUGUCGUACACGGCUUCGACCUGACCUCCCCGCUUGGGAAACAGUAUAUCGAUGAACUCAGAACUCUAGCGCGAUUCAGCCAACCCUUGAUCACUGAAGAGAGAGCGUCUCUUGUAGAGAGCGACAUCGAGCUCAAUACAGUCCUACGACGAGGAAAGUCAGCCGAGCAUGUAGUCGAACAGAAGAAGCGCCUAGGGAGGAUGCUACCUUCAUGCGAGGCCGAUAUCCGAGGGCUCAGCUACCCCGAAGCCGUGUUCUUGAAUACCGCCUAUGUGGUAGAAGAACUCCGAGCCGGUGCCGGCGACUGCACCAAGGCCCUCGCCUAUUUUCUGGACCCAAAACUGCGUGCCGGGGGUGUAGGAAAUUGCAUGUUUGCUAUUGCGACCGCGGCUACCAGGACUUAUGUAACAAAGACCCUCUCCGGAAAGCUCCAGUCGUUCUCCACUCCGUAUCUGGCUCAACAGCUUGCAACCACGUUUGCUGGUUGCUGCCAUCGAAUUGCGCGGGUUCAGCAGGCGGCGACCGCAUGUGCGGAGAUCAUCAUCAGGGAUGUACCAUCCACUCUCUGCCAGAAGAGCGCUCUAUUCGCCCUUUUGGAGCUUCUUUCCAUCAUGUGGUCGAGCUGUCUAGAGGGCGAAACGGACGAGUAUAGGUGGACUUCCACCUUUACUUCCACUAAGUCGAACAUAGUAGUGGAGCUCUCCGAUGACUACAGCUUACGGCGAGCAACUUUGAACAGUUUUUAUAAGCGUGCUGUGGCUUGGGUGACGGGCGUUCUGGACGUCGCUCCUCUCGAUAUCAAAGGACUCUUGCAGACAUACCUCUCUGAGUACGACGAUGAAGGCGCUUACGGCCAUAUCUCUCUUGGUCGCUCUUUUGCUUUGGAAAUGGGCUCGGUCAUUCCCACUACUGAUCAACGCUUAGGUGCCAUUGAGCGGCAAGGGAUCAACAUCAAUACGGCCUCCGACUUCAUAGCCCAGUAUACGACGCGCCAGGAGUACAAGUUCGUCGAUGGCUUAAACGACCAGGAAGAGGAGUGGCUGAGACUCGACGGAAGUACCGGUCAACGCAAGUCUGCCUUCCAUCGCAGCAUCGAAGACGCCACGAAAUUACUCGUCGAUCUCGAAGGCCGUACUCUCCACAAUAAGCAUGUUACGAUUGGCGAGCUGCGAGACAUUCUUCGGCGCGCCUCCGCGCUCCUGUGUCGGUUGCAGACGGAUCAGUCGCCAUUAGUGCAUCACCUAGUCGGCAUUCCUUUUGCGGUGUUCUCGAAACAAUCGAUCAAAUUAGGGGUCUCACUCUGGAUGAGUGUGUUCAAAGAGAACCCCCGGAUGGAAUCUCGUAUUCUCGUGGCCAUUGCUGAAAGUUGGGAGAAUACUGUGCACAAACGAAGGGGCCUUUUCAGUCCUGUCUUACGGCAUCCGAACCCGUUCUAUGGCAAACAGGAGUUCGCCCCUACCGAUAAGGAUAGCCUUGCGAAACACCAGCAACAUAUAUAUAACAUCAUAGCACCUCAUUUUCGCCUUCUCCAGUUCCUAUCCAGCCACUUCAACGCCACCCGGCUAAGUAACCCGGAUGUCGAGCUUGUCUACGUUCGGCUCAUGCAUAUUACACUCGAUGCGUUGUGUUUGGGCUGUCCACAGCCUCUAGCCAGGGAAGCAUACUUCCACGUUAUUCUUCUCGGUUUGCGAAUUGUACGCCACUGCACGACUUUGCCCAGCAGUAUCAAGUGGCGAUUGAAGGAUCGCAUUCUCACUGCCGGUCUAGCGUGGUUUGCGAAAGCACCAGAGUGGUCGUUUGGUGGGAAUCGUCUCCAAAUCAAAGCUGAGACUCACGUCCUAUCGGACGUCCAGUCAUACCUAGAAGUAGUCGCCAAAACCGGAUUGACUCCAGAAGGCUCUCUAAAAUCUCUUAAAGCGAAGCAAGAUCUGCUCUCGCUGCUCAUUGCUAAUGAACAGACGCGUCUGAUGGUCUGGCUGUUCCCACUCGACUACGGAAAGAAACAUCACUUCACUUCUGGUCAACAUAGCAAGACCUUAGCCGAUGCUGCCGCGACUGCUCAUCUCAAGACGGCGUGGGAAGAAAACCCAGCCAUUGCGGUGCACCUAAUCAAGCGUUAUCAGUCCCAGCGUUUAAACACCGAGGUUCGAUGGCAGGUGCUUAAUUUCCCGCACAAGGUGCUUGAUGAGCCCGAAGCUCUUGAGAUGCUGCUUGGCAACUCGUUGCCGAAUGAUGUGACGUUCCAGCUCAAGCAUUUGAUGUACUGGGCUUCUGUAAACCCGAUCACGGCCGUCACGUACUUUUUGCCGGCGUACGGUAAUCAUCCCUUCAUCAUACAGUAUGCGAUGAGGGCGCUUGAGAGCCACUCGGUAGACGUAACUUUCUUCUACGUCUCACAGAUCGUCCAGACGCUCCGAUAUGACGUCCUUGGUUAUGUUGAGAGGUACAUCAUUGAGACGGCGAAAUUUUCGCAACUGUUCGCACAUCAAAUCAUUUGGAACAUCAAGGCCAAUGCGUACAAGGAUGAGAAUUCUGAGAUACCCGACCCUGCGAAGCCCACGCUGGACAAGGUCAUGGACAGUCUUGAGUCCAGUUUCAGCAAGGAUGAUAGGGCGUUCUACGAGCGUGAAUUUGCCUUCUUCAAUGAGGUCACUGACAUUUCUGGUACACUUCGAUCGAUCCUCGACCGACCUAAAGAAGAGAAGAAGCAGAAAAUCGAAGAAGAAUUGCGUAAGAUCCAGGUGGAAGUCGGCGUCUACCUGCCCAGCAAUCCCGACGGUGUAGUCAUCGGCAUCGACAGGAAGUCCGGCAAGCCUCUGCAGAGCCACGCAAAGACCCCCUUCAUGGCAACCUUCCGCAUCCGAAAAUCCAAGACCGACACGCACCCAAUGGAAGAAAGCUCAGACGACGGAAGUACAUCAACAAGGCAAAACACGUACGAAGUCUGGCAAUCCGCCAUCUUCAAAGUCGGUGACGACUGCCGCCAAGACGUCCUCGCCCUCCAAAUGAUUGCCGCUUUUCGCGGCAUUUUCAACAACGUUGGCCUCGAUGUUUGGGUCUUUCCGUACCGCGUCACUGCCACCGCGCCCGGCUGCGGCGUCAUCGACGUACUCCCCAACUCCAUAUCGCGCGACAUGCUCGGCCGCGAAGCGGUCAACCGCCUUGAUGACUACUUCAUCUCCAAGUACGGCAACGAAGACUCGAUUCGCUUCCAGGAAGCGCGCAGCAACUUCGUCAAGAGUAUGGCUGCUUACAGCGUCAUCUCAUUCCUCCUGCAGUUCAAAGACCGACAUAACGGAAACAUCAUGAUCGACGACGCUGGCCACAUCAUCCACAUCGACUUCGGUUUCUGCUUCGACAUCGCGCCGGGUGGCGUGAAAUUCGAACGCGCCCCCUUUAAACUCACGGGGGAAAUGAUCGCGGUCAUGGGCGGCUCGCAGACCUCGCAACCUUUUCGCUGGUUCGAGGAACUCACUAUAAAAGCCUUCCUCGCUAGCCGCCAGCACUGCGAUCAUCUCAGCCAUAUCGUUGAGGUCAUGCUGGACAGUGGGCUGCCGUGCUUCAAGCCCGAGACUAUCCAGCAUUUUAAGGAGAGGUUUGUGCUGGAGAAGACGGAGAGGGAGGCUGCAGAUUAUAUGCGCGAGCUAAUUCGCAAGAGUGCGAGUAGUUAUAGUACGAGUGGGUAUGAUCGGUUCCAGUUGAUUACGAAUGGGAUUCCGUAUUAGGCGGAGGGUGUUUAGCGGUAGAUUGGUGCGUAGGGCAACAGAAGCCUUUGCUUGCUCUUGCGUGCAAGACAUUAAUUGCUACAACAAAUAUAGAGAAACCCGAUCUAUGUCUCGAG